GACCUCUAACCUGUCUUUACAAAUACCCGCUAUGCAGGAAGCUAUCCCCAUGCAGCUGUGACAGCUAGAGUCGGGUGUGAGUAGCUGACGACCUACUUCUUCAGCGCUAUGACUUCCCUGAAGAUUGUGUUGAUUAUUCUGCCUUUACUCGCUAUCUCAUCUGCUUACCAAGUGUGCUAUGAGAAAACGUCCUUUGGAUCGUACAGGGCCAAGUACUGUUCCAUAAGCUGCUGUGGCAAUAGCUUGUACAGAUAUUGCUGUGGCAGUUCAUAUGGAAGUUCCGGGUCGGCAACAGGUCUGAUUAUCGGGAUCGUGUGUGGUGUCGGGUCCUUGAUCGCCCUGAUUGUUGGAAUCGUCUUGUGCUGUGUCUGCUGCUGUAGGUCAUCUCAAGGUCGUCGGGGUCAGGUAGUGACCACCAACCAACUUGCUGUCAUAACUACAGCUAACACUACCAAUGCUGCCUUCGCGCCAAACUACGGUUACCCAGCUCAACCUCCUGCUGGAGUAUUCUACCCCCCUCAACCGGGGAUGGCAGGCCCUCCUCCAGCCUACACACCAGCUGCUGCAGCCACAGCACCAGCGUAUGUCCCCCCUCAGGGAUAUCCGCCAGCAGCAGCAGCAGCAGCCAUGACUCCACCCAACGCAGCAACAUCUCCAAAACACACCGACGAGGAGCACAUGUAUACAGCUUUAGAGCGCUGAAGAAACUCUGUUUAAAUAUUCAAAGAAGUGCAAAGAAUACAAUCUCUUCUGGAAUUACCUAAAUAAAAGCGCAAAACCGUUUCCACAUUUAUAACAAAUCUGUGCUUAAAGCAGAGUCGAUUGUACGUCUCCGACUAUAUCAUCAGCAUGUAAGUAUGUUACACCAUCAAAAACUGAGAUGCUAUCAGGUAAUCACUGACAGAUGCAUUGACGAAAUAACCAUUAGUUCUCCUAUUUCACAGGCUUUGCAUAAAAUCGACAUGUAUAUAAGUUCAAAGGGGAAUGUUCAGUGUUCAUAAAUUUGCUUGUUGAUAACAUUCCGGGAGAUAAAAAAUAUAUUUUUGUA